AUGGAGGAGAGAGACGUCCCCAAACCCUCUAUCUGGACUGACCCAGGCCCCAUCGUCACCAACAAGAGCUCUGUGACCAUCUGGUGUCAGGGGUCCCUGCAGGCUAGUGCCUACAUUCUAUAUAAAGAGAGGGGCUCUGAACCCUGGGAUACCAGGAUCCCACAGGACUCCAGCAACAAGGCCGGUUUCCUCAUUGAAGCCACGACCCCAUCCCACGCAGGGCUAUAUGAGUGUGCAUAUUACACCACUGAGGACAUACUGUCACAGAGGAGUGACCCCCUGCUCCUGGUGGUGACAGGAGUGGGCGGUGCACCCUCCCUCUCAGCCCAGCCAAGCCCUGUGGUGGCCUCAGGAGGGAAUGUGUCCCUCUCCUGUGGCUCUAACCUCACAUCGGGCCCUUUCCAUUUGCUGAAGGAGGGAGGGGCUGACCCGCCCCAACACAUGGAAGCAGAAUGGAGGAUUCAUGAUGGGAGGUGGCAGGCCAUCUUCCCUCUGGGCCCCGUGAGCCCCUCCCAUGGGGGGACCUACAGAUGCUAUGGCUCUUCCAGCUCCUACCCCAACGUGUGGUCACAGCCCAGUGCCCCUCUGCACAUCCAGGUCACAGGUGUGCACAGGGAGCCCGCCCUCUCAGCCCAGCCAGGCUCGCUGGUGCUGCCUGGACACAACCUGACCCUCCAGUGCCACACGGAGGCCGGCUUUGACACAUUCGCUCUGACCAAGGACGAGGGGAUCACACACCCCCAGCGCCUCGAUGGGCAGCACAGCCCCCACUUCCCCCUGGGCCACGUGAACUGCACCCACGGGGGCCGGUACCGAUGCUACAGUGGACACCACCUCUCCUCUGUGUGGUCGGCCCCCAGCGCCCCCCUGGACAUCCUGGUGGCAGGAAUGUACAGGAAACCCUCCCUCGCAGCGCAGCCGGGACCCUCAGUGCCCAGGGGAGUGAACGUGAACGUGCAGUGUGGGUCUGAGAUCUGGUUUGACACCUUCCACCUGCACAGGGAGGGGUCACUGGACCCUCCCCAGCACCUCCAUCUGCAGGACACGUCUGCACCCUCUCAGGCCAACUUCACCUUCAAUUCUUCCCAGCCCCCCACUGGACACUCCCUUAUAGAGAGAAGCAUCCUGUCUGUGGGCACCACACUGUAUGACUCCCUGUGCUCACUGGAGGCCUCCAGGCCCUCAGUGCUCACCUGA